AUGGCCGACGCUUACGACGACAAACCAUAUUACGGCCCAUUUUUCGGAGUCAUGGGCUGUGCCUCAGCCAUGAUCUUCUCGGCCUUAGGCGCCGCCUACGGCACAGCCAAGUCGGGCACCGGCAUCGCCGCCAUGUCUAUCAUGCGGCCGGAGCUCAUCAUGAAGUCCAUUAUACCUGUCGUAAUGGCCGGCAUUAUCGCCAUCUAUGGGCUGGUAGUCGGCGCACUCAUAGCCAACAAAAUCGAGAGGGCGGGUCCGGGAGGUUCAUACGAGCUAUACCACGGAUUUUUACAUUUAGGGGCCGGGCUUAGCGUAGGCCUGAGCGGACUGGCAGCUGGUUUUGCUAUUGGCAUUGUGGGGGACGCGGGGGUUAGGGGUACGGCUCAACAACCUAGGUUGUUUGUCGGUAUGAUCCUGAUACUUAUUUUUGCUGAAGUACUUGGUCUAUAUGGACUUAUUGUGGCCUUGCUAUUGUCUACCAGGGUUAAUUAA